AUGUAUACCCGGUUUAAGAAUGAUCAUCGUUUCGGUGAAGAUUUGGCGAUGGAGAUACUACAAAGGUUACCUGUGAAACCAUUGUUGCGAUUCAAAUGCACGAGCAAGAAUUGGUACAGUCUUAUUAAUAGCCAUAUGUUUAUUGGUAAACAAUUGAAUUAUCAUGAAAGUAAGAAUGAACUGAAAAUGCUAAUUCGUAGCCAUGAUGCGAUUCCCGGAAUGGACAUAAUUUCGAAUUCGGAAGGAACCUCUGUAAUUGAAAAUGCUGAUCAUCUGUCGAGUUUUCUUGCUAAUACAUUUCAUAUGGUAGGCCAUGUGAAUGGCGUGUUUUUAUUUCAAAAAGACUAUGGUGGAUCUGAUCGUAGAAUGGGAUUCUGGAAUCCUGCAACAAGGGGGUUAACCACCCUCCCUUACGUCCAUUUCCUGUUACAACCAUUUUUCAAUGAAUCGGGUGGGUUUACCGGGUUUGAAUUAGACCCUUUUACAGGUAACUACAAGGUGAUUUGGGUUCGCCAGUUCUCUGAUGGUAACUGUGAUUCUUCGUUUCAUCGAGCAUAUGCAGCGGUUUAUUCCUCUUCUAAAGGCUCUUGGAGAUUUAUUAAACAUAAAGAUCACAGAAUUCUCACUACCUCUGGUUGUUACUCCUGUAGUUAUCCCAAUUCAACUGGUUACCUUAAUGGAGCUUAUUACUGGAUGAUCAGGUGGGAAGCUGACUGCGGCCUUCUUUCAUUUGAUUUUGACAAUGAGGUGUUCCGUGAGAUUUCAGGGCCAGAUGUUCCAUAUAGUAAUAAUCGUCACUACAACGUCAUAUUGAUUGAUGGCUCUAUUCACUUUUUGAUCAAAGAUGACAAGAGCAUAGACUUUGGGAUUCUGGGAUUCUAA